AUGUUGAGAAUCACCAGUUUCUUCCUGUCGCUCGCAGCUCUCGUCACUCGAGGGAGAGCGGGAAUCGCCUUCGGCGACUCAUACACCUUCGUGCAAGGCACCGCCGGCUAUCCAGCAUUCAGCUUCAUCGGCGGCUACCUGCCGUCCCAAUUCUCCUUCAAGCCCCAGCAACUCCUCUCCGACCGCAUUGUCGGUGGCUACAACGGCACCGCCUGUGGAGGUCCCAACUGGGCCGAAUAUCUCACUGGCUGCGGCCUCGGCGACGGACUCCACGAUCCCGCACAAUGCCCCAUCCAGCUCUGGGACUUCGCCUUCGCCGGCGCGGACACAACGGAAGAACUGCUCCCGCUCCAUCAUAACUACACCGUGCCGUUGGUUAAUCAGACGCAGCAGUAUCUCACGUACGCCGAGCCAGUCAUCGGGCACCACAUGGACAAGACGAGAGCACUGGUCGCUAUCUGGAUCGGUAUCAACGAUAUCAACGACGCUGCCGGCAUGCCGAACGUUACGUACCUGGACUUCUACGACGCCACGCUUGACAUCGUGUUCGACGCUAGCGUGCAGACCAUGUAUGAUGCCGGGUAUCGCCACUUCCUCUUCGUCAACCUCCCGCCGCUCGACAGGACGCCUUCCGCGCAGCAGUCGUCAAAUCCAAACCCCAACGCUACUAUGAUUAACCAGUGGAAUUCUGCGCUGGCUGCGCAUAAGGAUGCCUGGGCGCGAAAACAUGACGAUGCGACAGCGCUGCUGUAUGACGUGAAUUCGUUCUUGAACGGCGUUAUGGAUCACCCGCAGAAGUAUGGGAUUACGAAUACGACGGGAUUUUGUGGGUCGAAGGAUCCGCAGGUCUUGUUGGAUCCGGAGAGGUUUGGGUGUGUGCCGUUGAGGGAGUAUUUUUGGUUUGAUGCUGGGCAUAUUUCGAGUCGGGCGCAUGAGGUAAUGGUGGAGGAUCUGAGGCCUUUUUUGAGAGGGGAAUCGGAAAGAUAUGGGAGUGAUGGUGGACGGUGACUCGUUCAAAUUCGCGACGCAUACGUCUACGAAAGAGGACGAGAAAAGAAGCUCAGCCCCACCGUGCAAGAAUAGCAUCAACCACCCGCGUCGGCCUGAACUCCGGCCAGUACCUAUUCACCUCCU